AUGAAUAAAGAAAGCAUUUUUAUACUUGAUUUUUUAUCGGGAGGAGUUGCAGGGGCAUUUUCUAAAACUAUUGCUGCUCCACUAGAAAGAAUUAAGCUUCUUCUAUAAACUCAGUCAGAAAAUUAAGCUUUGCUAAGACCAUAUAAAGGUAUAGUAGAUUGCUUUUCAAGAUGUGUAAAAGAAGAAGGUAUUCCUUCACUAUGGAGGGGAAACAUGGUAAAUAUAAUACGUUACUUCCCAUCCCAAGCACUAAAUUUUUCUUUCAAAGAGCUGUAUUCAAAGAUUUUUAAUUUUGAUUCAAAUUAGUAAAUGAAUAAGUAUAUUUUAUGGUAGUUUAUGGCUGGUGGUUUAGCAGGUUGCUCAUCAAAAGCUUUAAUUUAUCCUCUUGAUUUUGCUAGAACUCGCCUUGGUGUAGAUAUUGGCAAUAAUAAGAAAAAACGUUAAUUUAAUGGUAUCCUUGAUUGUCUUACAAAGGUAUACAAUCAAGAUGGAUUGAGAGGUCUAUAUAGAGGUUUAACUGUUGGCCUAGUUGGAAUAUUUAUGUAUAGAAGUCUGUAUUUUGGUUUAUAUGAUUGGGGCAAAGUAGCAUUUUUAAACUAGAACAAAAACAAAGAGAAUUUAUUAAUUAAGAAAUAUAUCUUUGCAUAGUGUGUAGUAGUCUUUAGCGAAACAAUAUCUUAUCCUACUGAUACAUUAAAACGUAAAAUGAUGAUGUAAAGUGCAAGAGGAGAAAAAUUGUACAAGAACAGCAUAGACUGUUCAAUUAAGCUUUAUAAAUAAGGAGGUAUUAAGAUAUUUUUUUCUGGAAAUGCAUCAAAUAUAUUCAGAAGCUUUGGAUCUUCUCUUUGUUUGGUAGUGUAUGAUGAAAUACAUAAUUUCUUUUAAGAAAAAAAUAAGUAAUAUUUUUGA